AAUUAUACAUUCAGAUGUAUUUACACAUUCAUAUUUCAUAAUCAAUCCUUCCUUCUUCCUUCCUCCCAUCCGCCAUUGAUAGCCGGCGCUCCUCUUCUUCAAUUUCUCCGCCCGCCGGCAAACAAACCAUAUAUAAAUGACGUGAGGACAAUUUUUCUCAGAAGAUCAACAAUGGCGUGCAUCGAUACAGUCAAUUCCAUGCUCAAUUUGCAGGAGCCGAGCAUUGAAACCGAUAAAUUGAGCUACGAAAUCUUCUCCAUUCUCGAAAGCAAGUUCCUGUUCGGCUACGAUGAUCGCAAGCUUUGGGUUCCAACGCCAAUCACCGAACCCCUCCAACCGAAGAACGGAUUAGUAACCGCCGCCGGCGUCGGCGUCGGAGAUGUGAAGAAUCAGCGGGGGAAAAUCUGCAUCCUCAGCGUCGACGGCGGCGGGAUGAGGAGCAUCAUGUCGGGUAAAACGCUGUCGUAUUUGGAAACUGCCUUGAAGAAGAAGUCGGGGAAUCCUGACGCGAGAAUCGCCGAUUAUUUCGACGUCGCCGCCGGCACCGGCACCGGCGGUAUAUUCACGGCAAUGCUAUUCGCCGCGAAUGAUCAGAACCGUCCGAUUUUCCCGGCGGAGGACACGUGGAAGUUUCUCGUGGCGGAAGGGAAAAAGAACCGCCGAUCCAAGGGCGGUUUUCUCGGCCGGUUUUUCGGCGGCGGCGGCGGCGAUGGUGGUGGUGGUUCGGCCGGGUCGAGUCUGGAGAAGGCGGUCAAGGCGGCGUUCGUGGACAAAAAAACCGGCCGGUUCUUGACGUUGAAGAACACGCUGAAACCGGUUUUGAUCCCCUGCUACGACCUUACCAGUACGGCGGCGUUUCUGUUUUCACGCGCCGCCGCUCUGGAAAGCGACAGCUAUGAUUUCAAUCUCUGGGAGGUCUGCCUCGCGACGUCAGCCGAGCCGGGGGUGUCGCCACCGGUUCGGAUGAAGUCGGUGGACGGUUCGACGCGGUGCGUCGGCGUCGACGGAAGUCUGGCGAUGAGCAACCCGACGGCGGCGGCGAUCACCCACGUUUUGCACAACAAGCAGGAGUUUCCGUUCGUGAGGGGCGUGGAGGACAUUCUGGUCCUUUCCGUCGGCGGCGGCGGUCAGCUGACGGAAGGCGCGUUUGACUUCGACCAGGUCAGAAAAUGGAAGGCCAAGGAUUGGGCGCGGCCGUUGUCUCGGAUCUCCGGCGACGGCGCGGCGGAGUUGGUCGACCACGCGGUGGCGAUGGCGUUCGGCCACAGCCGGAGCAGCAAUUACGUCCGAAUCCAGGCAAACAGUCCAAGCUUUGGCCAACAUGGGGCGAAUGUCGAUUCAGACCCCAUGCUAGCUGGAAUGGCGGAUGAAAUGCUGAAACAGAAAAAUGUCGAAUCAGUCCUCUUCAGCGGGAAGAGGAUCACCGAGCAAACCAACAUGGAGAAACUAGACUGGUUUGCCGAGCAGCUCGUUCUUGAGCACCAAAUGCGCAGCUCCCGGAUUGCCCCCACUGUUGCAUUCAAGCAGCCCUCAUUCGCCAUGCCGUAAAAGUCUUAUUACGAAAAAGUGUUGAUUGGGAAGAUGGGAAGUGUUGAAAGCAAAACCCCUAAAGAGGGCAUGAAAGUAGUAUUUAUAUAAUAUAUAUAUAAAUAUGAUGGUGGUAGAAUUUAGAUUUUUGUUGAGAAAUAGAAAUUUAUUUUAUAUAUGGAAGUAGGUUUGAGUUGGGAUUCUUUGGUGGUGAAAAAUAUAUGGUGUAUUCUCUUUUUAAUUAAAAAAAAAAAAAAGAACAUUGAUCGAAAAAA